AUGUCUCAACAAGCCGAACCUAAGACAGCAGCAGACCCUGAGGUCCAGCAAACUCUUAUCUACAAUGGCCAAGGCACCGAGGAAGACCCCUUCAUAGUCGAAUUUCAAAAGGAUGAUCCAGGGAAUCCUAUGAACUGGUCUCAAUUCAGAAAAUGGUUCAUCACCGCCAUUGUGACCUUCUCGGUCUUUGCCAUCACCUUCACAUCUUCGGCAUACUCUGCUUCCGCAAAUGAGCUCAUUCCAGACUUCGGCAUCAGCACAGAGGUGUUUACAGUUGGUCUGUCCCUCUUUGUCCUUGGAUUUGCAAUUGGCCCAGCUGUAUGGGGUCCCUUGGUAAGCAGCGCUCUAUUUGACGCCCUUAGUACACAAGCUGACUAUGCUUUCAGAACGCUAACCGCCGGCGAUGCCUGUAGAUCCGAGCUUUACGGAAGACAAGCUCUCUGGAUUGUCUCUCACGUCGCCAUGGUGGCGUUCAUUGGAGGUUCCGCUGGAAGUCGAAACGUCACCACUCUCCUGGUGUUGCGAUUCUUCAGCGGCACAUUUGGAGGCUCGCCGUUGGUCAACUCGGGCGGUGCCAUUGCAGAUCUCUUCCCUCCGGCUCAGAGAGGCCUCGCCAUGACACUGUACUGUGUUGCGCCCUUUCUUGGUCCCAUCCUUGGUCCUAUCGUUGGCGGGUUCGUCUCUGAAAACGUUGGAUGGAGAUGGGUCCAGGGGGUGUGCUGUAUCUUCAUCGGGGUGAUUGGUAUUAUCGGCGUCAUCUUUGUGCCGGAGACAUAUGGCCCGGUGCUACUGAUCAGGAGGGCAAACCAACUGUCCAAAGCCAAUGGUAAGGUUUACAUCAGCGUUCUCGAGAAAAAUCAAGGCAAGAAGAAGCCGUCGGAGGUCUUCCAGCGAGCUCUCAUACGGCCUUGGGUCCUGCUCUUCCGCGAACCAAUCGUGCUAGUGGCAUCGCUCUACAUGGCCAUCAUCUACGGCACGGUCUACAUGUUCAUGAGCGCCAUGCCCAUCGUCUAUAACGAACAACGCGGCUGGAGCGAGGGCAUCGGCGGGCUCGCCUUCAUGGGUAUUGCUGUCGGCAUUAUCAUCGGACUACUCUACGCCAUCUACGACAACAACAGACGUUACACAAAGCUCUUGUUGUCCAAAUCAGCAACUGCCGAAUCGCGACUCCCACCCGCCAUCGUCGGCGCCGUCGCCCUUCCGGUCGGUAUGUUCGCCUUCGCCUGGACUAAUUACCCCCACAUCCACUGGUCCGUCAGCAUCAUCCUCUCCGCGCCCUUCGGCUUCGGCUGCGUCCUCGUCAUCCUGCCGAUCGUCAACUACCUGAUCGACGCGUACACCAUCUACGCGGCGUCCGUUCUUGCAGCUGCGGCUAUCUUCCGCUCGAUCGUCGGGGCUGUGUUUCCCUUGUUUACGACUCAGAUGUAUGACAGACUUGGGAUUCACUGGGCGAGUUCUCUACCAGCUUUUCUGACGGUAGCGUGCAUGCCGUUUCCGUUUGUCAUGUAUCGCUAUGGUGAGGCGCUGCGGAUGAAGUGCAAGUAUGCGUUCGAGGCUGCGGAGAUGAUGAGACGGAUGCAGAUGCAUAAGGCCCCUGCUCCAGUCAAGGAGGAGGAGGAUUCCCCUUCUGAGUGA